AUGAGCUCGUAUAUUUAUAUUCCCUUUGUUUUCCCUCAGGUCUUUGAGUAUGUUGAUAACACCGACUUCAAAACGCUUUACCCUACUUUGACGGAUAUGGACAUUAGGUAUUAUAUGCGGGAGAUAUUGAAGGCCUUGGAUUUCUGCCACUCGCAGGGAAUAAUGCAUAGGGAUGUGAAGCCUCACAAUAUAAUGAUCGAUCAUGCUCAUCGUAAGCUGCGCUUGAUCGAUUGGGGAUUGGCUGAGUUCUACCACCCUCACAAGGAAUACAACGUGCGAGUGGCGAGCAGAUAUUAUAAAGGGCCUGAGCUGUUGGUAGACCUACAAAAUUAUGAUUACUCUCUCGAUAUGUGGAGUCUUGGAUGUAUGCUUGCUGGGAUGACAUUUAGGAGGGAGCCGUUCUUCCAUGGUCAUGACAACUACGAUCAAUUGGUGAAGAUCGCCCGUGUAUUGGGGACAGACGAGCUGUUUGAGUAUCUGGACAAGUAUGACCUAGAUUUGGAUCCCAACUUUGACGACAUACUCGGGAGGCACCCUCGAAAGCCCUGGCAGAAGUUCAUCACAGCGGAGAAUCAACAUUUGGUAUCCAAUGAAUCGAUCGAUUUGUUGGAUAAAAUGUUACGGUACGACCACGCUUCGCGUAUUCUGCCGAAGGAAGCAAUGUUACAUCCGUACUUCAAGCCACUUGAGAACUAUCACAUCGUAAGAACCGGGAAGACUCCUGCGAAAAUCGAGGAGUUUUGGUGA